AUGAAUUCUCCAUCAACAAGUGUAAUUUAUGGAUUUUUUCAAUCUGCAUGUUCUCAUCCCCAAAAAGCAGCAGUUGAACUUGAUGGUCAAAUGUGGACUUAUGGUGAACUUUUGUCAAAUGUUAUUUGUGUUGCUUCUCAUUUGAAUAUUGAAAUUGGUCAAAUUGUUUUUCAAUAUGUUGAACGAAGUUUGGAAAUGAUAUGCGGUAUUUUAGGAAUUCUUUGUGCAGGUGGUGUGUAUUGUUCAUUAAAUUCGGACGAACCAAUUAAACGUACUCGAACAAUUCUUGAUGAAGUUCACGGACAAUUUGUUUUAAUUCAUGAAAAUACACGAGAAAAAUUUCUUCAAGUCAAUUCUCAACAAAUCAAAACGAUCGAUUUAGCUGAAAUUCUUUCGAAAAAGAUUCCCGAAGAAUUUUUUCAAAAAGAAUUCAUCUUAACACAAGAGAAUUUUUCUUUUAUUAUUUGUACAUCUGGUAGUACAGGUAAACCUAAAGUUGUAUUACAUACUCAUAGAAGUCUUGCAGCACAUGUUCUUAUUCGAAAUAAUUGGCAAAGAAAAGAUGUGGAUAAAUUUCUUCAAUUAGCUGCAUCAUCAUGGAUUAUUCAUGUGCUUGAAAUUUUCAUAACAUUAACAUCAGAUACAGCAGCAACUCUUGUUCUUUUACGACCAGGUGAUCAUUUAAAUACAGAUCGACUUUAUAAAACAAUCAAAGAAAAACAAGUCACUAUUAUUCGAAUAAGUUCAUCGAUGUUGAAAUUAUUAAUUGAUUAUAUGGAAUUAACGAAGAAAAAAGAUGAUGAUAUUCUUGAAAAUAUUCGCAUUUUAUGUCUUGGAGGAGAUCCUCCUAAAAUUCAUUAUGUUCUCAAAUUAAAAUUCUUUAUGCCAAAUGCACGUAUUUUCUUUGUUUAUGGUUUAAGUGAAGGUACAGCUGCUGUUGGAUGUUACUAUGAAUUUACUGGUAAUGAAACAAUGGAUGGUGUUCAUACUUUACCAAUUGGUUAUCCACAAUUAGGUUAUAAAUGUUUACUUAUUAAUACUGAUAAUAAAGAAAUCAUUUCUUCAUCAACUCCUCAUGUUAUUGGUGAAUUAUAUAUUGGAGGUCGUGGUAUCUUUCAUUGUUAUUAUGGAAAUCCUGAAUUAACGGAGAAAACCAAAAUGAUCAUUAACAAUGAACGAUUCUUUAAAUCAGGUGAUUUAGCUGAAUACAAUGAAAAAGGAGAACUUGUCUACAUUGGUCGUAUUGAUUUUCAAAUUAAAAUCAAUGGACAAAGAGUCGAAGCAGGUGAAAUUGAAAUGACAAUUAUGAAUUGGUCACCAGAUGAAAUUACUGGUUGUUUAGUUCUAAAAUUGACGGAAAAUGACAAAGAUUCUCUUGUUGCUUAUUUGAUUUCUAAAAAUAAACAAAUUAAUGUUGAAUCAUUAAGAAAUUAUUGUCGUGAACGACUUCGUCAAUAUAUGAUUCCAACGCAUUUUCUUAUAUUAAAUCGUUUUCCUUUAAAUACAAAUGGAAAAAUCGAUCGAAGUCAAUUACCAUUUCCAUCUGAAAAUCAAUUAAUCGAAGAUUUACAAAAUUAUGAAAAACCUAUGAAUACUUUAGAAGAAGAAAUUCAUUCUUUAUGGUGUUCGAUUUUGAAUUGUAAGAAAAUUUCUCGUCAUACAAAUUAUUUUUCACUGGGUGGAACAUCACUUUCAUUAGUACAACUUUUUAAUCAUUAUCAAUUUCAUUUAGCAAAAGAUAAACAAUUAAAUAUUUUUGAUUUUUUCAAUCAUCCAACAAUUGCUGAACAUGCACAAUUUGUUGAAAAUGAUCAAGGAAAAUCUCUUCUCGUAUGGAAACCUUUACAUUUAAUUCGAGGUCAAACUUCAUUUGCUCAAGAACGAAUUUGGUUAGAUGAAAUUGUUCGUUUUCAAUCGAAUGAAACAAAAAAAUUGGCGAUCUAUAAUGAAACAUUGAUGUAUAAGGUGACAUCUUCUUCUCUUUCAAUAUCUCGUCUUCGAAAUGCUCUUUCACUUGUCAUUCAACAACAUUCAUCACUUCGAACGCGUAUUUCGUAUGAAAAUGAAAAUUUAAUUCAAGAAGUUCUUCCAAUGUCAAAUGAACUUUAUGAAUUCGAAAUCACAAUUGUUAAAAAUGAAAAUGAUAUUAUGAAAAUAAUUCAUUCUGAAGAAACGAAUUCAUCUCUAUUUAAUCCAAGUCAAGGUCGUGUUUUUCGUUGUCAUUUAUUAACUUAUUCAUCUCAUGAUGAUUAUCUUCAUGAAAAUGAUCUUCUUCUUUUUAAUUUUCAUCAUCUAUCAAUGGAUGGAAUGUCAAAUGUUAUUUUUAUUAAAUCAAUUCAACAAGCGUAUAAAACACAACAUCUUUCCGAUGAUUUACAAUCUUCUUCUUUAACUUAUCUUGAUUAUGUUCAAUAUGAACGAAUAGAAGAUAUGUCUAAUGCACGACACUAUUGGAUUGAUGCUUUAAAACAUUUGAAAACAUCACAUAUUCCAUAUAAUUCUUCGAAACGAACAGGAAAUGGGUUAACAAUGUCAUUUCAACUUGAUUCUUCACUUGUAAAAGAUUUAUUUCAAUUUGUAAUUCAAUCGAAUUUGACUUUAUUUCAAGUUGGUUUAACAACUUUCUUUAUUUUUCUUUCAAAAGUUUUUAAUGAAGAAAAAGAUGAUCAUCUUUGUACUUUGAUUGUCUUAGCCAAUCGAUAUCGCCAUGAACUUGAAAAGAUGAUUGGUUUAUUUGCUAAUUCAUUACCAUUUCCAAUUCAAAUGAAUUCGAAUGAAACAUUUCAACAAAUGUCUUCUCGAGUACAACAAAUUUGGUUUCAACUUUUACCUCAUUCUCAUUUACCAUUUCAAGAAAUUGUUAAACUUUAUCCUUCUCUUGGAUCUUUAUUUACUCAAACAACAUUUAUUGUUCAAUCACCAACACAAAAUGGAAUGCAAAACAUUGAACUUGAUGAAAAUAUUCAAUUGGAAUUGAUUGAACGAUAUAAAGUCGCAGGAAAUAUCGCUAAAUUAGAUUUCUCCUGUACUCUUCAUGAAGAUCGAAUCAAUGAAACGAUUUCUAUAUCAAUCAAUGCUUCUCGAGAUGUUUAUGAUCAGACAACAAUAUCAACAAUGGCACAACGUUUUCAGAAUUUACUUCGACAAAUUUUCUCUGAUUUAUUUGUUUCGCAAUUUUCAAUUUUACUUCCUGAAGAACAACAAAUACCUCGUCAUGAUCAUUUCAAUAAUGAUUUUCUCUUUCCAAUUCUUCCAAUUCAUCAAACAGUUACACAAGCUCCAAGUUCGUAUGUACAAAAUGAUUUUUGUCUUCAUCUCGAAAAACAACAAGAAUUCGUUGCAAAUCUUCCAUUUAUUUAUCGUCUUUCAUCUGGAAAUACUUUGUCAAUGAAACAAUUGUUAAAAGCUUUACAAAUAGUUGUAUUAAGACAUGAUUCACUUCGUACAAGUAUUUCGUUUGAUAAAGAGAAAAACAUGUUUAUACAAAAUAUCAUCAAUUCAAAUAAUAAUAAUGAAAAGACAAAUUUCUUUACAUUUAUUGAAAGUAUUUAUGAAACAGAAAAAGAACUUUCUCAACUAAUCGAUAAUGAACAAAAUAAUUCGAAAUUAUUUCAUCUUAAUGAAGGUAUUGUUUUUCGAUUUCAUCAUAUUUCUUCAUCUAAUUUUCAUUCGUCUGAUGAUAUUUUGAUCUUUAAUUUUCAUCAUGCCAUAUUUGAUAUCUUCUCUAUGGAAAUCUUUUUCCAAGAUCUCAUUCGAGCAUAUACAAAAAGUGACUUUUCGGAAGAUAUCGAUCGACCAUUGUUGCAAUAUAUCGAUUAUUCUGUUGCUGAACAUCGAAUGUCGAUGAAUGUUGCAAAUACUUUUUGGCUUGAAACACUUCAAGAUUAUGAUAUGAAUCGAACAUUAUCAUUACCAUUUGAUCGAUAUUUGAUCAUUGGUGAACAACAGAUCAAACAUCAUAUUUCAGUCGUGUUUUUCGUUGUCAUUUAUUAA